CGAGCUCCCCGCGUGCUGAUUGGCUGCGGGCGCCGCCGGUCCGGCCGAGAGGCGGGGCGGGCCGUAGGCAAAGGGAGGUGGGGAGGCGGUGGCCGGCGACUCCCCGCGCCCUGCUCGCCCCCCGGCCCUGCCCGCGGCGCUCGGCCUCGUUCCUUUCCUCCUCCGCUCCCUCCGUCUUCCGUGCCCGCCCCGCGCGGCUUUCGGCCGGCGUGCCUCGCGCCCUAACGGGCGGCUGGAGGCGCCAAUCAGCGGGCGGCAGGGUGCCAGCCCCGGGGCUGCGCUGGCGAAUCGGCGGGGCCCGCGGCCCAGGGUGGCAGGCGGGUCUACCCGCGCGGCCGCGGCGGCGGAGGAGCAGCUCGCCAGCCAGCAGCCCGCCAGCCGCCGGGAGGUUCGAUACAAGAGGCUGUUUUCCUAGCGUGGCUUGCUGCCUUUGGUAAGAACAUGUCGUCCAUCUUGCCAUUCACUCCGCCAGUUGUGAAGAGACUGCUGGGAUGGAAGAAGUCAGCUGGUGGGUCUGGAGGAGCAGGCGGAGGAGAGCAGAAUGGGCAGGAAGAAAAGUGGUGUGAGAAAGCAGUGAAAAGUCUGGUGAAGAAGCUUAAGAAAACAGGACGAUUAGAUGAGCUUGAGAAAGCCAUCACCACGCAAAACUGUAAUACUAAAUGUGUUACCAUACCAAGCACUUGCUCUGAAAUUUGGGGACUGAGUACACCAAAUACGAUAGAUCAGUGGGAUACAACAGGCCUUUACAGCUUCUCUGAACAAACCAGGUCUCUUGAUGGUCGUCUCCAGGUAUCCCAUCGAAAAGGAUUGCCACAUGUUAUAUAUUGCCGAUUAUGGCGCUGGCCUGAUCUUCACAGUCAUCAUGAACUCAAGGCAAUUGAAAACUGCGAAUAUGCUUUUAAUCUUAAAAAGGAUGAAGUAUGUGUAAACCCUUACCACUAUCAGAGAGUUGAGACACCAGUUUUGCCUCCAGUAUUAGUGCCCCGACACACUGAGAUCCUAACAGAACUUCCGCCUCUGGAUGACUAUACUCACUCCAUUCCAGAAAACACUAACUUCCCAGCAGGAAUUGAGCCACAGAGUAAUUAUAUUCCAGAAACGCCACCUCCUGGAUACAUCAGUGAAGAUGGAGAAACAAGUGACCAACAGUUGAAUCAAAGUAUGGACACAGGCUCUCCAGCAGAACUAUCUCCUACUACUCUUUCCCCUGUUAAUCAUAGCUUGGACUUACAGCCAGUUACUUACUCAGAACCUGCAUUUUGGUGUUCAAUAGCAUAUUAUGAAUUAAAUCAGAGGGUUGGAGAAACCUUCCAUGCAUCACAACCCUCACUCACUGUAGAUGGCUUUACAGAUCCAUCAAAUUCAGAGAGGUUCUGCUUAGGUUUACUCUCCAAUGUUAACCGAAAUGCCACAGUAGAAAUGACAAGAAGGCAUAUAGGAAGAGGAGUGCGCUUAUAUUACAUAGGUGGGGAAGUUUUUGCUGAGUGCCUAAGUGAUAGUGCAAUCUUUGUGCAGAGCCCCAAUUGUAAUCAGAGAUACGGUUGGCACCCUGCAACAGUGUGUAAAAUUCCACCAGGCUGUAAUCUGAAGAUCUUCAACAACCAGGAAUUUGCUGCUCUUCUGGCUCAGUCUGUUAAUCAGGGUUUUGAAGCCGUCUACCAGCUAACUAGAAUGUGCACCAUAAGAAUGAGUUUUGUGAAAGGGUGGGGAGCAGAAUACCGAAGGCAGACGGUAACAAGUACUCCUUGCUGGAUUGAACUUCAUCUGAAUGGACCUCUACAGUGGUUGGACAAAGUAUUAACUCAGAUGGGAUCCCCUUCAGUGCGUUGCUCAAGCAUGUCAUAAAGCUUCACCAAUCAAGUCCCAUGAAAAGACUUAAUGUAACAACUCUUCUGUCAUAGUAUUGUGUGUGGUCCCUAUGGACUGUUUACUAUCCAAAAGUUCAAGAGAGAAAACAGCACUUGAGGUCUCAUCAAUUAAAGCACCUUGUGGAAUCUGUUUCCUAUAUUUGAAUAUUAGAUGGGAAAAUUAGUGUCUAGAAAUACUCUCCCAUUAAAGAGGAAGAGAAGAUUUUAAAGACUUAAUGAUGUCUUAUUGGGCAUAAAAUUGAGUGUCCCAAAGGUUUAUUAAUAACAGUAGUAGUUAUGUGUACAGGUAAUGUAUCAUGAUCCAGUAUCACAGUAUUGUGCUGUUUAUAUACAUUUUUAGUUUGCAUAGAUGAGGUGUGUGUGCGCUGCUUCUUGAUCUAGGCAAACCUUUAUAAAGUUACAGUACCUAAUCUGUUAUUCCCACUUCUCUGUUAUUUUUGUGUGUCUUUUUUAAUAUAUAAUAUAUAUCAAGAUUUUCAAAUUAUUUAGAAGCAGAUUUUCCUUGUAGAAAAACUAAUUUUUCUGCCUUUUACCAAAAAUAAACUCUUGGGGGAAGAAAAGUGGA